AUGGAGGUUUUCUACCUGUUCAGAGUCCCCAAUAACAUUAGUACUAACGGAUCUUCCGAGGAUGACAAGGACUCUGUUUCUGAAGGCGCACAGAUUUUCUCAUACAUUUUCAUACCUCUGAUCACAUCAAUCACUGUUCUUGGUAACACUCUUGUCAUUUUAGCCUUUAUUAUUGACAAAAGACUUAGAAACCAGAGUAACUUCUUCCUUCUCAAUCUGGCUAUCUGUGACUUUUUCAUAGGUGCAUUCUGUAUUCCAGUGAGUGCUUCAUACAUCUUGACUGGGAAGUGGACUCUUGGAGAUGUUCUUUGCAAAGUCUGGUUGGUAGCUGACAACCUUAUGUGCACGGCUUCAGUUUUUAAUAUUGUUCUCAUCAGUUAUGACCGGUUCAUUUCCAUCACUAUGGCUGUGGUAUAUCGCUCCCAACAGAGGAAUCAUAGUCAGACUGCAGUUAAGAUGGCCUUGGUUUGGAUACUAGCCUUUCUUCUAUACAGUCCAGCUAUUAUUUUAUGGGAAUAUGUUAAUGGUGACCCUCUCAUUCCUGAAGGCAUGUGUGUUGCUGGAUAUUAUUAUAGUUGGCAUUUUCUAUUUGGUGCAUCAACCUUUGAUUUCUUUCUUCCAUUGAUAGGCAUUGUAAUCUUUAAUUUCAGUAUAUACUGGAAUAUUAGAAAGAGGAGUAGGAAGAAACCUGAAAUGUUCACACCAGGUCAUAGUGGGAUGUCUCCAGGACUGCCAGUUAUAUUUAGAUCUGGAAAAUUAAACGAAAGAAGACCUGAAUCAAAGAACAGUGUAUCUCAGUCAUCCAUUGGCAUCUCCUCCUCACAGAGCAGCAUCCAAUCUAUGAAGCUCUCCAGGGAUAAGAAAGUUGCUAAGUCUCUCACAAUUCUGGUCUGUGUAUUUGGGAUUUGUUGGGCGCCAUACAUAUUUCUCCAGACUAUCCGUGCGGCUUGUCAUGAUACCUGUGUUGAAUCUUACUGGAACCAAGUUACAAGCUGGAUGUUAUGGAUCAAUUCUUCAGUGAAUCCUAUUAUCUAUCCUUUGUGCCAUAAAAGCUUUAGAGAUGCUUUAAUAAAAAUGUCUCAGAAAUUGGCGCUGAACAAGCUGCAGGAGGAGGUGUCGCUACACAAUCAUAGAUUUGUGGAAAUCGAACAGAGGGUGGUGUGUGUAGAGGAAGAUUCUGCAGAUGCAGCAGCUAAACACAAGGACUUAUUUCAGUUAGCCAACCGUUUGCAGGAGAAAGUAGAAGACCUGGAAAAUAGGUCCAGGAGGAGCAAUUUAAGACUGGUUGGGAUACCAGAAUCGGUGCCACCGCAAGAUCUGCAACGCCUCUUUGAAAGUGAUCUACCCCAGGCCCUGGGCAUCGGUGGGAAGCGGAGAUUUGAGAGAGCACAUCGUGUGGGGCCCCAGAGAGAGCCCAUGGCGCCAUCCUCUAUGACAACAAAUCAGAGACCCCGCCAAGUCAUUUGCAAAUAUCUAGAUUACUCAGAUAAGGAGGACAUUCUGAGGGCUUAUAGGCUAAGACGUGAGCCGUUGUUCAUACGCGGUAACAAAGCACUUGUAUUUGCUGACUACUCGGCAGAAACCACGCAGAGCCUUCAGUAUUGUAUGUUCUGGACUGCACAGAAACGGGAUCAAAUUUCAACUAAUGUACCCAGCAACUGUCAAAAUAAAACAAAGUGA